AUGGGGUCAAUGGUAGACCCGACGGACACGGCGGUCCCUGACCUGUCGGACCAACAAUACGCCUAUUUCAAUUCCGUACCUUGGUGCGCCAGGCUCCUCUCAGACAAGAGAUACUCCACGGUACCUUCGAGGUUCGGGCAACCUUCGCCCGACACUCGAGGGGAUUUUUUUACACGUACGCUGGCGACGGACAAUACGAUCGUGGCGUGUUUGUAUCAAGAACGGAGGGUGAAUGGCAACGAUGAAAGGUUAGAGUCAGGGCUAGAGUCGAAUGGCUCAACAAAACCUCAACAACAAGACCAAAGAAUUUCCAACGUCGAAGAAAUCAGGGCUUUCCUUGCCACCGCCUCAGGAGUGAAUGGUUUCCCAGGUGUGGCUCACGGUGGAUUUGUGGCCGCAGUCAUAGACGAGACGAUGGGUUAUUUGAUCAAGGCUCACCUGAGGGCUUCGGUCACCGAGGUCGCUCCUCCUCCUGGAAAGGCAAAAGUGACAAUGGUACCGUUGACUUCUUCGGAUACCACCGCCGCCGUCAUGACUGGCGAAUUGACCAUCCGAUACAAGCGACCCGUGCCGACAGGGGAAGUCUUGCUCGUGAGGACUUGGGUCGAGAAGAUUGAAGGAAGGAAGACUUACGCAAAGGCUGUCGUGGAGGACGGUGAGGGAACGGUACUCACAGAGGGAACGUCAGUGUUUAUCGCUCUAAAACAUGGAAAGACACCGCAGACGAGGCGAGUUGCGAAGAUUUGACAUCAUUGAGACGAGACGAGACGAGACGGCGGGAGACGGG